AUGGAUAGAAAACGAUCGGUAAGCCGCCGUCCUAUGGUGCUACCGCCUAAAAAAGAACCGGAACGAAGUCGUUUGCCGAGUGCACCAUCAUCGGCAGAUCCACCGAAUAAAGUGAAAAGAAUUACUACUCUGCACAUUCGUCGCCGAGCUACAUCCGGUUCCGCUCUUUCACGUGUACCGGAUGCUCAAAAAGUUGGAACAUUGUGCAAAUUCAGUCUCCUAAACGAAAAAUGUAAUGCUCCGGUUAAACUGGAAGCGGCAUUUGGACGAACUGCGGUAGGACCGAAUUCGCUAGCCGUCAACGAGCGAACGGGGCGAAUUGCCUAUGUGGCUGGAGCAACUGUUGUAUUGACAUCGUUUGACGGGUCACGACAAUCUGGUGAAGGACAUGUGGUCGGUGCUGCUCGACAUCCAUUCACAUGCCUUGCGUUCAGUCCUUGCGGACGCUAUAUAGCGACAGGAGAAUCGGGCAAUCAACCACACGUUCGUGUAUGGGAAUUACGAGAUGAUGCAGGGAAUUUCACAGGGCAAUCGUAUCGCAGUUUCCCCUAUCAUACAUUCUCAAUAGUUGCUGUACGCUUUGUGCCCGGAACAAAUCUUCUCGUAUCAGUCGGUUGCCUUCACGAUGGUACGAUUUGUGUAUGGGACUGGAGAAGUGGUGCGAAGCUAUCGACGGGAAAAGUCACUGCUGUGGUGAACGCAAUCGCUAUUUCACCGGAUAGUUCCAUAUGUGUGACGGUUGGUUCGAAACACGUGAAAUAUUGGCAUCUUCCAGCUGGAGAUACCCAACAAGGAACAGGAAUGCAGUCUCGUUCUGCAAUUUUGGCCGAUCGAAGAAGUUCCACGUUUGUCGACGUUGUAUUUGUGGAUGCCGAAACUGUGCUGUCAGUGACGGAAGAUGGAGUUCUUGUAGAGUUCAAGAACAAGAAGUACGUGAAAAUCUAUCGAUUCGAAGAGAAUUGCCUCCCACUCUGUAUUUCUGUGACGAACGAUGCGGUUGUGCUUGGUUGUACGAACGGUAUCGUACGAUUAUACGAUAAACAAAAUUUGAAUGUUCUCUGUAUGCUACCUCAUCCAGCCUUUAUCGGCAUGGACCCAGCUGUGGCCAGUACAGCGGAAUUGCUUGAAGUUCAUCCACAAGGGGUUACUUAUCCGGAUGUUCGAGCGUUGUGUUGUACGUCCACUGCUCCCGAAACAUUCAUAUCCGCUUAUUCGGAUCGAUCAAUGUUCGUAUUUCGACGAGGCGACAAUCCAAGUCAAUGGUCCAAACUGUCCAGUAGCAUGGCUCACGUCGGAGCAGUGACUACUGUAAAGCGUUACCCAUCUCGAUUACCGUAUCUUCCUACUGGAUCGUUUAUAACAGGUGGUGUGGAUGGAACUGUUCGAAUAUGGAGUAUGGAAAGAAACGAGGAUCAGAUUUGCCCAAUUCCCGGUAAAAAUCUACUCUCACCUACGCUGAAAAAAAUUAUCCAUGUAGAGGAGAACUUCGGUGCGCUGGUGGAGCCACGAGGAGAACAAACUGCAUUACAAUUAAUAAGAAAAACCGAAAGAAAACCAAGAAAUCUACAUAGAAUAUCGAAAUCUCAAGGAGAUGUUAAUUUCUUACCAAACGAAAGAAAUGAAUCUACUACGGGAAUUCGAUGCCUUACAGUAUCACCGGAUGGCAAACAUUUGGUGGUUGGAACAAAAUGCGGGAAUAUACAUGUUGUCGAUCUAUCUGAUCCUGAAAUGAGUCAAUUGGAAGUGAUUUCCGCUCAUGAACUAGACGUGCAAUGCUUAGAAUAUUCUAAUAACGCUAGAGGAGCCCCUUAUCUGCUCGCAUCCGGCGGACGUGAUCGGCUCGUGCAUAUUUUUCGGCCUGCUGCCACAAGUUACGAUCAUUGUUAUGUGAUCGACGACCAUCAAAGCGCCUUAACUGCCGUCCGAUUUGUGCAGAACGAAAACAAUGAUCUCUACCUGUUCACUUGCGGAUCAGACAAGAUCAUUAUCAUAUGGCGACUGGUAGUUUUCACACAUGACGUUUUGCGAUUUAAUCGCGAAAAUUUGAUCUCAGCCCCUGUGGGCAUCAACGAUUUGCUGAUUUCAAUGUCUGGUCCGUCGCUAAUGGCGUCAUGUCAAGAUCGACAACUAAGAUCGUACAGUUUUGCCGGAAAAUUGUUAACAACAGUACGUGGUACCGGUGGUGAAGCAGAUUUGCAGCAAGGUUUUCUUGGAAAGUUCUGUCUUGAUCCGUCCUGCACGUAUGCGGCGAGCGUAUGCUCGGAUCGACAUGUAUACGUUGUGGAAGCAAAAACAGGGAAAUGUGUGGCAGCCGUCACCGGAAUCGGCGAAUCCGCGACCGAUGUGGAAUUUUCCGAAGAUUGCAGACGACUAUACGUAUCUGCUAGCAAUGGCUGCAUUUUUGUAUGGCGCCUCUCCGACACCUUGAUCGCUCGUAUGCAAUCGGCAAAAGCUGCGCUGGAUACGAUAUUGGCUAGAUCCGAAUCGCCCGACAGCUUACUUGGAAGCGGUAGUGAAGCUGUAAGCGAAGAGUUGCCAACGGAUAACACCGAUACGAGUUCACCGCAAUUCGGUAGUCGAGAAUCGCUGAAUAACUGGCGAGUGAACGAGGCUGUCACCCUACAUAAAGGAGACGAGAAGAGCGGCUCGUUGAUUGCUGAACCGGCGCACGUUACCCGUCGUACCACCAGCAACCUUAUUGGGUCAACCGACGUCGCUCCAGGAGAAGCAUCCGAUCACGACGAAUCAAAGUCCGAUUUCAUAUCGAAACGUCGCGAACCGCCGACGUAUACAUCCAGUAAAUCGAUGAUGAACCUACGUGAAAUGUCCACUGUGGGAAUGCACGGUGUGCUCACAGAUCAAUUGGAUCGACCACCACGUAAGAUUCGAAGUCGAUGGGGUGAUCCGCUACCGAAUUGGCAACGAGAAGAAUGGAACCCGUCGAUUAUAUUUCAACCAUCUGCAACCACUAUGUCACCGACGAAUCAACGCUUUGAGCUUAGCCCGCAAGUUUCGCAAGCGCAAGGAUUCGUGCAACUACCACGUUCUGUGAAUCGAAUCCAACAGUCACCGACGGCAUCGCUACCAAAAACACCAACCACUGCCGUAACGCAACGAUCGUCUCCGGCCACGCCGUCCGUGAUGACACCAUCACAAUCCGGGCUCUCGCAAAUCGCAUCGUUGGCUCGGGUUCAACAGCAGCAAAAGACAUUCCGUCGCGAUUCACCGGAUCGUGUAAGUCUCAGCAAGAAACACAUGGAGAAUGAUACACAGCCUCGAACAGUUUGGUCACCGCAAGCUAUGACACCGAAGCGAACAACGUCAAAUAUGCAAUCGAUUACUCCAUCAGGAGCAGCGGCGAGUGCGAUCACAAGACGACAGUCAGAAAAAUUCCAUGUACGAUUUGCGACACGACGUGAAGAAGGCGACACAGCGCCCAGAGAUCGUCGCCAAUUCUUUUCGCUACCAAGAAGAGGCUCCGCUAAUAAAGAAGACGAUUAUACCGAAUCGAAUUUACAUUUGCGAAGUCGAAGUCAAAGUCCAAACCAUAUGAUGGUAAAUCAGCAUUAUGCUCGAUCACCAUUAACAACUGCGAGUCGAGAGUUAACAAAGGAGUUGCAGCGCCGAAGGGACUCAGAUAUGUCGUAUGCAGCCGCAUCCACACGGCUGACACCGGCUGGCUCACGAUCAAAUCUCAGAGACGCUGACACCAGGAAGAGCACCGAAGCGUUGAAUAAAAUUGCAGCUUUGAGGAGCAAACUUCACCAAUCAAGUGAAAAUUUGCGAAAAUCGUCCGACAACCUUCGCUUUGAAGCUCAGGAUGAAAACGCGCCGACCCGGACGCGCAGCAUCAGCAACCUUCGAGGUGGAAACGCCCUCGAAGCGUACGGAACAUUCGAUGCCGACCAAAAUCCGAAUAAAGAGAAAACUACUGAGAAGAAAGAAGAUGAAGAAAAAAGCGAAAUAAAACCUGAAGAGAAGAAAACGGAGUCGGAAAGUGCUUCAUCAUUGAUGCAAUCACGGCUAUUGGCGCGUAGUGUCGGCAAUGUAUCAGCUUCUGGUGGUGAAACAGUAGAGACAACUCCAGCGUCACGAUUACAGAACACUAUCAAUAUGUUGAAGAAAGCCAGCAAUCCCGACCUCACACAACCCUCCUUGUACGAGGAUCCCGGUAGCCCAUGUGGUGAAAAGAUGCGACGACGUGGAGCUGUACAGAAAAAGGUCGAACGCUAUCAUCCUCGUAAUCGAACAGCACGACAACAAACGAGUGAGGAGAGUGACAGCAAUGGGAGCGACGCGAGUCCGCUGAAUCAGAGCAUCAAUCGGCGUGUUCUCUUGGCUGGUAACAACAGGUCAGUCUCUGCGAUGGAGACGUCGGCUCGUAUUGGUGGACUUACAGCAAGGCGACUGUUUGAUCAACAACGAUAUGCGUCCACGGCCACGGCUACGGCAGCUUCUCCAAGGAGAACGCCGAACUAUUUAGCGCAGAAAAUGGCUGGCGAAGAUAUGGUUGGUCCCGAUUUGGGCAGUGAUGAUUCGCCGCGAUCUUCAGUGAAUUCUAAUGAAUGGCAUAAUUUGAUGGAGGACGGAUCAGUUUGUCAACAACUUGUACGUCAUGUUCAAGAAUGCUUUGAACAACUACAAAUGUAUGCCGAUAAAGCCAUCCAAGCACGAAUGCUGGUGGACGAAUCAUCGAUAACGACGGAACAAAAACGAGUCUUAAUGACAGAAAUGGAAAAAAUGAGUCAAAAGAUUUCAGAAAAACUGAUGAAUAGCGCCAGAUCACCAAGCUCAUUAGAUGACGCUAACGGGAAUGAUUAUACACCCAAGAAAAAUCAAUACUUUUAA